AUGGCCGCCGUCACCUCGCUCGGCGUGCACACUCCGGUGGCGCUGCCAUAUCUGGUUGCUGAAGGCCUACUGCCGCGUGAUCCCAGCAAGGAUCUUUACCAAUGGGAGACAUAUGUCACCGAGACCGAUGGCCACGAAAUUGAAGAAGAAGUGCUUGCCACUAAGACCGUCGUCGUUUGGUCACAAGGACGCUUUGUACGCAAUGUCUAUCGAUUCGAUCUCGAAGGCGAAAAUGUUUCCCAGGCACUUCUUACUGCAUUUCCCACUUCUUCGAAACUUCACGUCCAGGCGGAUCGCAUCUCGGGAACACAAAGGACGCCUAGGAAACGACUCAAGUUGUCUAGCGAUGCCUUGGCCGACCAUCUGAAACCCACUCGGCCAACUCUGGAACGAGCGUUGGUCGUGCUGCUGAAGACCAAAGCCCACAUUCAUUUUCUCCGUGGCGCCAGCCAUAUAGUCAAUCUACCAUUUGAGAUCGACAGGGCGUUUGCGGCACCUCGUGGACUCCUAUUGCAACGCAAAGCGACAAGCAGCUCGUCAACUCAAGCAUCGCCACUAGUACCUCUCGCCCCUCCCAACUCGUUUUUGUCUCCACAACAUCGGAUGUCGCAGCAGUCAUACUUGCAGUCUCCAACGUUUUCGAAAAGCUUUGCUAGCACGAAACCCGCUCAGCCAAGUCCACUCGGCGGCGACACCAAACUCGAGUCUUUGUUCAAUAGCCUCACUUCUGCAUCUCAGAAAGAGGGUGAUGAAGAUGUGACGAACAUAUAUUCUCUGACAGGUGCGCUGUCAGACCUUGGCGUUGUGACCUACUCGAUACAGCGCCACAGACCGAUCCGGUCCGGAAGACAAACCAGCCUGAAUGUGGAGUUCGAAGGGCUCGAACCUUCGGAGAGGAUCAUCUACGUCUCCUCUAAGGAUGAGCUAUCCAGCUACGCAACAUCUGAGAGAGAUCCCUUGGUACUGAUUGCAACAAUGAACCCCAACUUGAACGUCGUUUCGAUAUGGCACGCCUGGUAUUUGGAGCAGAAGUCGUUGAACACAUUGCUCAAAUUGCGAACCGAGAACAAAGCUGCGAAGGCGCGACGUCGGAGUUCGUUCCUAAGCGCAAGUGCUGCCACAGGAACUGCAACUCCAGCUGUCCGCCGUCGCGAUGCCCCACGAGAGAGCUUUGGUGUGAAUCUUCAACCAGACGCAACGCAGGGCAACCCCACGUCGCGAAAGCCCACCAGGCAAGAAGAAGAGGAGAGUAUGGCCGCCCAGAUGGAUCCAGAUUAUAGAGCUGCAGGUUCUCAACAACCGGCGCGAGAAGGCAAUCGCAGGGUCAGCAGCAUGAACGCAGAUGUCCGUGCCAGUCAAACCACUGUCGGCGCUAGUUUCGCUGGCACUACAGGCCGACGACACACAUCCUUUGGCGGUCAGAAAGCUGGCCGGCGCUCCUUGAGCCAACGCAAAAGUCGAGGAUCAACUGCAAGCAAUGUUUUCAGUCAAAGCAUAGGAACGGACGAUGACACUAUGGAUCUCGAUUCCACCAUUGAAUUGGAUCCGGAGGAGAAUUUUGAUGCAAUUCUACAGCAUAUCCGGAACACCUACGAGAUUUCCGGAGUGGGCACUGUUUUCGGAAGCACUGAUGAAGGCUUCAAGCGCGAUAUCGUGGUACGAAAGUUGCAUUCCUUCUCCGUUGGCCAGCAGAGCAUGCCUCGCGGCAACAAUAGCAGCGACUUAGCUGCAGACAACUAUACUAUUGCGACGCUGUCUGAGGUCCCUUCUAUCAACGGGCCAAACGAUCCUCGCGUUAGGGUAUAUCUGCACGAUCGACGGAACAGUGAAGUUCAGCACCUGGCGCUUAAAGUCAAAUAUCGUCCACUAUAUCCUGACAUGCCUAGUGGCCUGGCAAUACCAUUGCCGGCCAUCACUAGUGAAUCUAGAAUGGCAUCAUGCGACGAUAUGGUGAAGUUGCGAGAUGGCAGCUUGCAAGCCAUUUUGUUCGCGAACAGAGGCGUACAAUUCUCUUUGGAUGAGCAGGUGCCGUGUCCUUUGCUCUUCGAUGCGCCGUUCCGAGCGCACAGCGGGCUUGGCUUCGCGUUGCCUGCAGAUCAAGGCACAGAGAUUGGCAGGAAUCGUCUGCUUGCAUCACCGCAAUCCCCACGGUCUCUACAACAUGUCGGCCCUGGCGGUACGUUCGACGUUGUUGGAUCGGAUGGCAUACACCACCGCAGAGCGCUGCGCUUACGACCUUCCGAUCCUAAGAUCGACCGACUCAUCACUUUGUGCAAUAUUAUGCUGCCCAAAUCGCACGCACGUGCAGUACGAAAGACGUGGUGCAUGGCGCACGCCUGGCUCAGCCAGAACCCAUCAAGCCUGGAGAACACGGCUGGAAGCAAAGAGCUUGUCGCAGUGGUCGCGACCAUCUUUACUUUCGUUUUUGGACUACUCGACGACAAAGCCAGAGCAUCCAUCAAGCUGGCGAAAGUCGCAACUGGCAAGACUUCGACAAGUACUAGUCACUCUACCCCUGCUGGUCACUCGUUCGAUGAGAGACAUCUCGAGAUAUCCCCUACGUGGUCAUGGCUCCCUUCGUCGCAACAUUCCUCGCACCUAUCGUCGCCCCGAAGUCGAGAGAAGCGGAAGGAUCAGCUACUUGUCACGGCUGCAGUUGUCGCGGACGAGCUGGCGUCUAGUGUCGUGCAGGAUACCACGCACUACGAUACCAUCACCUCGACUGCUGUGAAACUCAUGCUCGGCCUUUACGUCUUUCGCGAAGAGCUUUCUCUCACAACGCUUGCUUCUGAUGCACAUAUGACCAAGCAUCUCGCGCCUGUCAUCGCUCAAAUUGGCUCAUGGUUAGGGCUUCAUGACUGGGGAUUCUCGAUCGCAAGCACUUACAGCCCUGUGGAUGCUAGAGAUGACGAUUGGGCAACGAUCAAGUCGAGGCCUGUAGCCACGCCACGAUUGAGACUAAUGGAACGACCGAUCAGUGCAUAUCAGUGGUUCGAGAAUGCCCUGAGGAAAACCAGUCCAGACCGCUUUCCUUCCCUCUACUCGAUCGCGCACCUUGACGUCGAUGGAGUCAAUACGAAAGUGUCAGAGACUGUAGCGAAUAUGCUCACCCCGACUCUGGUAGCGUUGUCCGAGUUGCUGAUCUCAAGCAAUGGCCUGACCGCAAGUCCAACGAGGAUAGUCCAACUUCUGGCAGAGAAGGGGUUCACAAUCACUAACUUGGAGGCUUUGCCGGAAUCUAUAGCUGCACCUCUCAUGGAAGCUAUCGUGCGCUGUGAGAGGGAGCCGCCCACAACAUGGCGCAAUGACUUGCUAGAAUUGGUUGGCAGGGCCGACCUCAUUGUAUGCGACCGUCGAACAUCAGCCUCUCUCCAUCGCUCGACAAUAGCUUCUGCAGCGGGCACACGUGAUGUGCUCCUGGCUUGCAACGCAAUCGAACAUCCGCAUGCACCCGCUAAGACCAAAGAAGCUGGCAGGCAUGCGAUCACACAGCUCAUCUUCAGUGAUGAUCGACGAAUGGUAGAGGCCACGAGCUUGAUGCAUUUCAACACCGUCCAAGUUGGUUGGUGCGCAAAGGAAGACGAAUGGGAUGAGCAGAAGCACUUUGACAUGCAACGCAAGGUCAUGCAUCAUGUCACUACCCGCAUGAUCGCGUUACCAGCUGGAGAUGGAAUGGUCCACUACGACAGCCAGACACCGUUGCUGACGGAGAAAUUCCAGUUGCCCGGCUUCAGUUCCUCAUGUCUCAUGCAGCCAAUGGGACAUACGCUGACAGCCGAUCGGAGUGGGCUGUCUGAAGAAAAGGUGAACUGGGCGUACUUCCACGCAGGCGUGUCUGUGGGCAUACGCAUAUCCAAGAGCGUCAAGGGCAUUGAUACCUCGUGGAUUGCAUUCAACAAGCCUAGCGAGCUCACCAAUCGUCACGCCGGUCUCCUGCUAGCUCUUGGUCUGGGCGGUCAUCUGCGGCAUCUGGCGAAGUGGCUUUCGUUCAAGUAUCUUACACCAAAACACACGAUGACAUCGGUCGGCCUUCUCCUUGGCCUCUCGGCGUCCUACAUUGGCACGAUGGACGCACUCAUCACGAAAAUGCUUUCUGUACACAUCACGAAGAUGUUACCUCCCGGUGCGGCAGAUGUGAAUGUCUCACCAGCAACACAGACUGCAGGCUUGUUGGGCAUUGGCCUGCUCUACUAUAACACCCAGCAUCGCCGCAUGUCUGAAAUAAUGCUCUCGGAGAUAGAGUAUAUGGAAGUCGAGGAUCCCGACAGUGGACCGGAUCCAUUGCGUGACGAGAGCUAUCGUCUAGCUGCAGGAUUCGCCUUGGGCCUGAUCAACUUGGGUAAAGGCAACAACCUGCGAGGUUUGCACGGCAUGCAGCUAGCAGAGCGUCUGCUCGCUAUGGCUGUGGGGCCACGUCCCAUUCACGCUGUGCAUGUCUUCGAUCGUGCCACUGCCGGUUCUGUCUUGGCACUCGCCCUAGUCUACAUGAAAUCUGGCGAGACUUCCGUGGCAACGAAGGUUGACAUCCCUGACACCGAGACUCAAUUCGAUCACGUUAGACCUGAUAUACUCAUGUUGCGCGCCAUGGCCCGACAUGUUAUACUGUGGACCUCGAUCGUAGUUCGAACAGACCUCAAGCCUGGGAAGGUGCAGGAAACGCUCAAUGGAGGGAUGGGCUUCGCCAACUCAACUGUUCAUACCUUCGAAAAGGGUUGGAUUGGUGCGAACUUGCCUCGAUGUUACAAUGACGAUCGCAUCCAGAGGAUAUAUCAGAUCAAUUCCCGCAAGCAUAAACAUGACAGCGCACACAUCCCUCUGUACUACGUUCUUGCUGGGCUUGCUUGGGCGCUAGGUCUGAAAUAUGCUGGCUCCGGCAAUCUGUCUGCUCGAGACGAGCUUCUCAGCCUUCUCGAAUGGUACGAAAGUAUGAACACAGGCGCGUUCUUGUACGAUGCUAAAAUCACUCGAGCUGCACUGUGUCGCUGUCAAGAUGUCGUCGGUGUGGCGGCAGCUGUUGUGAUGGCUGGCACCGGGGAUCUGGACGUAUAUCGUUCCUUACGGCCAUUGCAUGCACGUCUUGAUGCUCAGACUCCGUAUGGCUCGCAUAUGGCAGCACACACUGCGAUCGGGAUCUUGUUCCUCGCCGGCGGGACUUACACCUUUGGCACGAGCGACCUGGCGAUUGCAGCUCUCAUGAUAUCUCUGCACCCGAUCUGGCCCGUUGAAGUCAACGACAAUCGUGUUCAUCUGCAAGCGUUCCGGCAUUUGUGGGUUCUGGCAGCUGAAGCACGAUGCAUCGUCAUCGAAGACGUCGAUACCCAGCGACCUAUCCACUUGCCGAUAAAGAUCACACUGAAGAAUGGCGAAGUGAAGGAAAUGCGAGCGCCUUGUCUGCUUCCGGAACUGGACAGCAUCGCCACUGUACAAACUGCUGACCCAGCCUACUGGCGCGUCACACUGGACUUCGUCAGCAAUCCUCAACACCUCGAAUCUUUCCGCAAAGACCAGCGCGUCUACGUCCGACGAUGUCCCGCCUCUGAAGCCCAUGACUCGGUCUUCUCCGCUGCACUGGCCGCUUUGACGGACAUGAGUCUAUCCGCGAAACCGUCUGUCUCAUCAUCGGCUGCGAAUGCUCACGCCGGUGCUGGAGGUCAGGCCCAUUGGCACGAUCUUCUGUCUCUUCCGGCUUUUCAGAAUCUCGAUCACGCAGACAAGGAUCUUUUGCUUCCCGCUGAGGUCCAUUCGUCUGUGUAUACGGAUGAGAGGACAACAGUUGUGGACGAUCGAUUGGUUCUCGGAAAUGCGGUGGAUAGUCGGAAAGUAGAGGAUUUGUGGAAUUUGAGGACGCUCUUCGCUUGGGCGGAGAGGGAGGAGGAGAGGGAUAAAGAGGGAUCAAACGGGGUAGACGAGGAAGAUGACGGGAUGAAGUGGUUGGGAAGAGAAAUUUUGCAGGAUUUGCGAGCGGGAAUUGAGGAGAGGGGGAGAGGUGCGUAAGAUGAGAAAUGCGCAGGCCGAAGGAUCAGCAUGGAGCGUACAUCAAGGCGGCCCUUGAUACAGCAUAUAUAUGCAUAGCAAUUAGACGCAGAUGGCGGAAA